AUGGCGGAGAGCGCUGUUCUGACGCCGCUGAGUGCGCGCCACACCGUGUCGCCGCGAGACCGCAGUGCGCUCGCCACCGGUAUUUCGACCCUCUCGUCCCCGACGGAGGAGACGAUAGAAGUGGACGGCGCCACCACAACGCCGUCGCUACCGCCGGAAACACGAGUGAACGUCACGGAGAAGCUCAGUGACGACGGGGCCGAAAGGUGGCCCGGUGACCCAGAGCCGCCGUCCCAGGGCUGUGUCGCGUCGUCGUCUGCCGCGAAUGCGCACCUGCCUAUCUCGUCCCCAGCACUCGUGCGAGACGAGGGACACGCGCACAUCACCGCCGCUGACUACGCCGAUCGGCAGCGACUGCUGUACCACAUCACCUACCUGAGCACCCAGCUGCAACGCGCGCAGCUGCAGGUGGAAGAUCUCACGCGAACCGUCUGUGUGCUACGUGGUGCAGUGGGCGACUCCGCCGCGGCGACAGUUGCCAAGGCCGCUGUGAAGGAGGACGCCACAUCGGCAGCAGUGCUGGCCGCAAAGGAAGAGAGGGACGUGCACGCUGCCCUGCAGGCGUCCCUGGCGCUCUUUGACCCUGUGAUUGCGCAGACCCAGAUCUACCGCCUCGACGAUGCGCUGGCGCAGGUCGGGCUGCUGCGCGAGGCGGAGCUGGCCCAGCUGCGCAAAGCCAAUGCGGCGCUGCAGGAUCACCGUACGUUCGUCAGUCGCCUCUCUGAGGAGUUGGCGCAGCUGCGCAGCAAAACAGCAACGCUGGAGCAGGAGAAGCAGCGCACAGAGACGCAGCUAACCGCAGCUGUUCUCGAAGUCGAGCAGCUCCGCUACGAGGAGCGGCGACUCAACAACCGCGUGGCCGGCCUAGAAGAGCUUGCACAGGACGGCACUUGGAUGAGCAACGUGCGCGUUGUCAGCGCAGCCGCGGCGUCAACGCAGGCGAGCGUCUCUCAGCAGCAGCCGCUGGUGCGGCUGGAGCGCGAGGAGCAGUUGGCGCGGCAGGCGCUGCUGCUUCACGUCUUCUGGGACCCCGUGCUCAUCGCCUUCGACGCAGGCCUGACGUGGCUCUCCGAUAGCGCCGCGCUGCAAGCCAAAGGCUCGGCUGCGCAAGAGCAGCCGGUGGCUCCAGGCGGGGCCAAGGCUUUCGUGGGCGAGCGCGACCUCAUCUCACUGGCACAGGCCGGCAUCCUCGUCGAGACGCCGGCGCUUCCGACGGAUGCGGACCUGCUUCUCUUGCAGCGCCAGCAGGAGGAAGUAACGCAGCUGCGCUCUCGUGUGCAGCUGCUGCAGGAGCGCAAUCGCGUCGGCCAGCUUGAAAACGAGCGCCUCCAGUUUCUCUACGAGGGCGAGGUGCGGCGAAAUGAACGCAUGGCGAAAGACCACGCCGCGCAGCUGCAGCAGGCCUACGACGAGGUGGUGCGCGACCGGCAGUACAUCAUGAACAAGCUCAAGCAAGAGGUCGAGGAUCAAAUUCGGCUCGCUUAUGAAGACGGCAGAGCGUACGAGCAAAGCAGAGCCAAAAGCCGGCGCUCCCAGAAGGCAUUUCGCGCCGGCAAUGCCGUCCUGUGA